AUGCAGACCAACACAUUCUUUUCAGCCGCGCUAGCUGCGCUGUCAAUCUCCCUGUCCAAUGCCCUGCCUACAAUCCAAGAAAACUCUCUUGUCCCACUCGGAGAUCCCCUCAAGACGAACCAUCCAGAGGCUUACAGCGCGUUCUUGACGGCUCCGCUGAUCACCUUCGACACAGCUGUAAGCAGGCGCCAGGAUGUUCCUGCUGAUUCGACGCCCGACCCUAAUCGUCCCGUUGUCACGCCUCCUUACAUCUUCGUCCUUCAAUGUGACAUAGCUGGUUUCCGUGGGAACUGUCUGUCUUUCGGGGCACCGCCGGGAGAGUGCGUCAACUACAGCAGCUUCAACGGCACCCAAGCAUUUCUCGACGAGUAUGAGAACAAGACUUCCUCGCUAAGCACAAAUACUGGUGGCAACUGCCAGUUUUACAAGUUCAUUGACUGCAAUAACAAGGGCGACGACCGAGGUGUCACGUUGGAUUACAACUACGAUCUCUCAGUGGUGACUGAUGAUUACGGCGGUGAUUACGACAACCAGAUUAGUUCCUGGAGAUGCUGA